AUGACGGAUCGGGACUGGGACGCCGUGUUCCAGCCCAUGGGCAGACCCCCUGUCCACGAGUCCGUCGUGGAGCCCGCGCUCUGGGCCGUGCUAGCCGAGGCCCGCCAGGCCUUCCGCUCGUGGUACCCAAUGCACAUGCUGGUGGUCCCGGAUUCGGCCCACGGGCUUCAGUCCCUCUGGUCCCUGAUCCUGUGCCACGUCGCGUUCUGGGGACCUACCAUGUGCCCCACGCACGUCCGGGUGUCCGGAGUGGUGGUAGAGUACGGCUGGACACAUCGAAUAGACAGAACGUUCGGCGCGUCCGUGAACCGUCUGACGCGGGUCGCCAGGGGUACCUAUCAGAGCCAGGGCGGCAGGCUGGCCGUGCACAAUCUCCACCGGGUCAACACCAACCUCCAGCGCCAACGAGCGUUGGUCCUGUGGGCGCACCUGCGCCAGCCCGAGUCGGCGUUUGGGCAGCUGCCGCUGGAGCUGGUGUGCCACAUCAUGAGCCACCUGCAUGAUGCCAGCCGCAGCGGAAAGCACGACAGCGCCUACCUCGCGCUGGUGGACCGCCAGUUCAAGAACGACUUGAACCAGGCCUUCAAGGCGGUGGCCUGCGCCCUCCACUCGUACGACCUGGAGAAGGUGGUCCACCUGGUCCUGGUCUCCCUGCCCCACAUCCUAUCACGCGCGCUCGUGUGGCGCUCGUGGAUCGCCAGGCGGAAGGAGGAGGUCGCCACUGCGGACCACGACCAGAACAGCCCCUUCCUCCCGCAAGACCGGACCGACGUCGAGUCCACCGCGCGCGAGAUGAGCCGCUGGUGGUACAAGUACGUCAGCGUUGAGCCCCGCUACCGCCUCGAUGACGGGCUCGUCCCGCCCAAGGUGCGGAUCAGCCUGGGCGUCAAGGGGGCGACCCUGUGGUUCAUGGACGUGGCGCGCGUGCGGUCGUCGACGUCGCGCGGCGUGAGCGAGCAAUCGCGCUUCCUGCAGCACCUCGUCGCAUCCGUCAUCGCGGCGCGACGCCGCCAGGGCGGGCGCACCGUGGCCCGCAUCACCGUGUGUCGGGGCCUGCCUCCCUGGGCGCAGCAGAUCCUCGACGUCAUGACCCCACUCUUCAUCGAUGGUGCUGAAGAAGAGGCCGAGGCCACAGCUAUGAACGACAACGAGGAGGAGGAGGCGGGCGCUGGCACUGGUGCGUCCUUCAGAGGCGACGUCACGCAGGCCGUGCGCCGGGCCGUGGUCGCCGACCCAGUCCUGCGGCCGCACAUCCGAAACCUCAUCGCCAUGACAGCGCACUUCAAGGAGGUGAUGCUAGAGGGCGGCCUGGCGAGCGUGCGACAGGCAUCGUUCGACGAGGAGGUCUUCAUCCGGCGCCUGGCGCACUUCAUCGCCCGGCAGACGGGCGUGGCGGCCGUCGAGGUGCUGCCCGGCGUCGAUGGCGCUACGCUGACCAUCGGGCAGUCCCUGUUCGCGCCCGGCCUCCCGCUCGUGGAGGUGGUCCGAGUGCAGUGA